AUGACAAUGAUAAACACGAUCCAGCAAGCCAGAUUUCAGAUAUUUAUGAAGAAACUUGCUGCUGUGGAUGAUACAUUGGAAGAGUUGGGAACCUCAAAGAUAUAUCAAAAAAUGCAUAUCUGGUCAAAAAGAGUGGUGAUUGCGUGGAUUGUUUACAUCCUCGCCUCGAAUUCUUACGAUACAUUAUGGUGGAUUAACAGAGAAAAAAUAGCUUUCUGGAUAUUUAUUUUUCCUUAUAUAGGAAAUUAUUGUAUUCACGCCAACGAAUUUGUCGAUAUAAUAUUUGUCACCUUUUUAUGGUAUAUAAACAACAGAUUUGACAAGGUAAACGAGCAUAUGCAAUAUCUGCUAAUGAAAGAACAGCAUGGAUUGAGGAAUAAAUGGAAGAAACUAAUAAUCAACGGUUAUCGAAAUACCUCACAUACUGAUAAGCAAGUGUUAUGGACCUUAAUGCAUCUUCAUUUAGAAUUAUGUCACAUUGCUCGCGAAUUGAAUAGAAUGUUCGGAAUGCAGAUGGCUUUGGAAAUGGCAUCCUAUCUAUUUUUCUUGACAUCACUGUGUCACUAUCUAUAUGCAAUGAUAACAGAAAAAGUACAGGAGGAAGCACAAGUGACUGCUUGCAAAAUAAUUUACCAACUUAUAAGUAUUUUCCGAUAUACUAAUAUUAGAAAAGAGAUAUAUCUAUUUGCUUUGCAAAUAAUGCAUCGUCCGUUGAGAUUUACUGGAAUGGGUCUUUUCUACUUUGGCAACAACUUUCUUCGAAAGUUCUGCAUGAAAAUUGUAACAUUUAUGAUCAUUAUACUGCAAAUGUCAGGAGACUGA